AUGUGGCUCAUCAACACCAAGACACUGCGUCUCGAGCAGAUUGUGGAUCCGUCGUCGGUCGAUUAUGCCAUCCUCUCGCACACGUGGGGCGACGACGAAGUGUCAUUCAAGGAUAUGAAGCGUCUUCCAAAGGCGAUGAAAAGGACCGGCUUCGUCAAAAUCGCCAAAACCUGCAAGCUGGCAUUGAAACAAGACCUGCGGUACGCCUGGAUCGACACUUGCUGCAUCGACAAAACCAGCAGUGCCGAAUUGAGUGAAGCCAUCAAUGCCAUCAAGAAGCUUUACGACAUUUCAGAGAUGGCCUCUUGCAAAUGGUUCAGUCGUGGCUGGACCUUACAAGAGCUCAUAGCCCCAGCUAAUAUCAGAUUUUACGACGCCAACUGGAACUUCAGGUUCACCAAGGAGAACAACGUGUCAACUUUGGCCACUAUCACAACAAUAGACGUUGACGUGUUGAAGAUGGUUAAACGACUUAAGGACGUUCUGGUCGCAGUCAAGAUGUCUUGGGCAGCGAAUCGAGAGACCACCCGGCCAGAAGAUAUCGCAUAUUGCCUCCUUGGUGUUUUUGAUAUCAACAUGCCGAUGCUGUACGGCGAGGGCGAGAAAGCAUUCCAACGACUACAGGAAAAUAUCGCGAGCCUGCAUUUAGACACGUCGAUAUUCGCCUGGCUGGCUCCUUUCAGACCACCCCUGCCAACCCAAAGCUUUAGGGGACUUUUCGCCACGUCUCCCCAACAAUUUGCGUCUUCUGGCCACAUCAGUCGCGAAGUGGUGGUAGAUCCGGAAGACAGUGAGGCUCUUGAAGGCUUCGCGUCAAAGCCGAUUGAAAUUCGGAAGGGAUUCAAGACAUCACAUUUGGCCGCAUGGCCCGGAACCGCAUGGAACCGCUGCACAUUCAACUUCUGCGGCGACGCCCUCUCCGACGACUUUUGUGGCCUGCUUUAUAUAAGCCCGGUGGAUUUGAAACCACUACGUUUAGCGUUGGUGAUCAAUAAGUUGGUCAACAAAGACAUGGACGUGAGAUUCUUCUAUGAUGAUCCGGCAGACAGUCAUUGGGGGAUAGUUGGAGACCCUAGGGAGGAAGGCAUCUUGAGAUACGCCAGGAUGGGUCUGAAAGAGUUGUCCAAAGAAUACAGCACUAUGAAGUCGAGUCAUUUGUACGGGCGAAAAGCGAGCGUUUUGUUCAAAUGCAACUGCUCACCAGAAGAGGGUGACAAUAAUACGAAGGUAGAGGCGGUGGUGAAUGAACUUGUGAUCACUAUUUCACUGUCAACAUGGUCUAGUGCUGUUGAGGAGGUUGAAGAGGCUUCCGAUCAUGAGAGUGACGGGGCGACCUCUUCUCAGAGCCACGACAUGCCGUUCCGAAAGAGAAAAGCCGUGUUACCGGAACCUGAUGGCGAGCGGAAACCGAGAUGGUCCAAGCGACUGGAGAGGAAGAAGUGGUAG